ACUUUUAAAAAUAUACUUCGGACGCAAGCGCAGAAAGCCCCGCGGUUCGCCUCGCAGCACCCCUGACGUGCACGCGCAUGGAGGGGCGCCCGAGCCCCCUGGGCGAACCCCAUGUCCAUCCCGCGGCUAAGGUGCUGUGCCGUGGCCCCGUGGAGCCGCUCGUCUUCCUUGCCAACUUCGCCUUGGUCCUGCAGGGCCCGCUCACCACGCAGUAUCUAUGGUACCGCUUCAGUGCUGACCUCGGCUACAAUGGCACCCGCGACCGCGGUAGCUGCCGCAACCACAGCGUGAACCCCACCAUGCAGGAAGUGGAGACCCUUACUUCCCACUGGACCCUCUACAUGAACUUGGGCGGCUUCCUGGUGGGCCUCUUCUCAUCUACCCUGCUGGGUGCUUGGAGUGACUGUGUGGGCCGCCGCCCGCUGCUGGUGCUGGCCUCUCUGGGUCUGUUGCUCCAGGCUCUGGUGUCCAUCUUUGUGGUGCAGUUGCAGCUACACGUUGGCUACUUCGUUCUGGGCCGCAUCCUUUGUGCCCUCUUUGGCGACUUCAGUGGCCUCCUGGCUGCUAGCUUUGCCUCCGUGGCAGAUGUCAGCUCCAACAACAGCCGAACCAUCCGAAUGGCCCUGCUGGAAGCAUGCAUCGGGGUGGCAGGGAUGCUGGCGAGCCUCCUUGGGGGCCACUGGCUCCAGGCCCAGGGUUAUGCCAACCCCUUCUGGCUGGCCUUAGCCUUGCUGAUAGCCAUGACUCUCUACGCUGCUUUCUUCUUUGGGGAGACGAUGAAGGAGCCAACACCUGCCCGACUCUUCACGCUCCGUCACCACCGAUCCAUUGUCCAGCUCUACAUGGCUCCAGCCCCGGAGAAGUCCAGGAAGCAUUUAGCCCUGUACUCACUGGUCAUCUUUGUGGUGAUCACUGUGCACUUUGGGGCCCAGGAUAUCCUGACCAUCUAUGAGCUGAGCAAACCCCUGUGCUGGGACUCCAAGUUGAUUGGCUACGGUUCUGCAGCUGGGCACCUCCAGUACCUCAGCAGCCUGCUGGGCCUGCGGCUCCUGCAAUCCUGCCUGGCUGACGCCUGGGUGGCCGAGAUUGGCUUGGCCUUUAACAUCUUGGGGAUGGUGGUCUUUGCGUUCGCUACCAUCACACCCCUCAUGUUCACAGGGUACGGGCUCCUCUUCCUGUCAUUAGUCAUCACACCCAUUGUCCGGGCCAAGCUCUCCAGGCUGGUGAGGAAGUCAGAGCAGGGUGCUCUCUUUUCUGCUGUGGCCUGUGUGAAUGGCUUAGCCAUGAUGACGGCUUCUGGCAUCUUCAACUCGCUCUACCCAGCCACCCUGAACUUCAUGAAGGGGUUCCCUUUCCUCUUGGGAGCUGGCCUCCUCUUCAUCCCGGCCAUUCUGAUUGGGAUGCUGGAGAAAACUAAUCCUCACCCUGAAUUCCUGUAGCUUCCCCAGAGCCCCUGAUCUGCCUGGAUCAGAGGACAGAGGGCAAGAGGAGCGAAAUGAGCACUAACCAACUGGAAGUAUACACCUUGGACCCCACCCACAGCAGCACCAGCAGCUCCCCUCAAAGGCAGCGUUCACCUUGGAUAAGGUGGUCCCCACCUCAUCCAGAGCUGUGUCAGCCUAAGACUCGAGGAUCUAUCACUGUAACCCAGACCGUCUGACUCCAGGGCAGGCAGUGGGGGAGCCAUUUGGAACAGGGGUCUGUUUACACUUUAUGCCAUCAAUCACACUGAACCCUCCAGGGGAGAGGAGAGGUUCUGCUGGAAGUGAUGCCUCAGGAAAGCGUGAGGGCUGGCGUCUCUGCUUCCAACCCAAACUACACAGCUCACAGUGCGCAGUUUGUGGUGUGCAGCCCCCAGUCAUUCCUUAACGAUGAAUACUUUGAGGGGAGGAAGGGUUGGGGAGUGGAGGGAGGUUGGUAUUGACUCUAGGUGGAAUCAACCCCCUGGGCUUAGCAGUGCCAAUCAUAAUAAAUAAAGCAGUAUAAACACACUGAAAUGAA